UGUUAAAUACUGAAUUAAUGAAUUUCAUAUCGUGGUUUGUGUGAAAAUUUGUGAAAAUUGUGAGAAUAUCGGUUAGUUCCAAACAUGUAACUGCACCUCGACAGAGGGAAAGCAUGUCUUCGCUGAAAGUGAUAAAGAACCGCAUAAGGUCAGUGAAUAACACAAAGAAAAUCUCGCAAACCAUGCGGAUGGUAUCAGCGGCAAAAUAUGCACGUGCUGAGAGAGAGCUUAAGGCAACAAGACCUCUCGGACAAGGAUCACAAGUGUUCCUCGAACAAGCUCAAGUGACACCUCCGGUGGACCUGGAGUUACAGUUAAUUGUAUCUCUUACGGGCGAUCGCGGACUUUGCGGCGCCAUCCACUCAGGGCUCUCGAAAGAGGUCGAAAAGGCACUAGAUAAGUCACCAAAAUUGAAGCUGGGUACAAAAUUCUUUUGCGUCGGUGAGAAAAAUCGUACUAUUCUGGCCCGCCUCUACCCGGAGAAGGUACUUUGGGUGGCUAGUGAAGUUGGUAAAAAGGUAAUGACUUUCAUAGACGCAGGACUCAUCGGGCAGAAAAUCCUCGAGAUAAUAAAGGAGCAUAACAUCGCCAGAACACAGAUAUAUUUUAACAAGUUUGUUAAUGCUGGGCUUUAUACCGUUGACACUGUGGACAUGUAUAAUCGAAGCACUGUCUUUGCGGGCAAGAACUUUGUCCUCUACGAUAUGAUCGAUGAGGAUACCGUUGACUGUUGGUUGGAGUUCAGUGCAGCUGCGACGAUUUUCUGGAUGCUCAAAGAAAGUUACGCGAGCGAGCAGUCGGCACGUAUGACAUCGAUGGAAAAUGCAACGAAAAAUGCAUCUGAAAUGAUAAAAAAUCUUACCCUAACCUAUAAUCGCACACGACAGGCAGUUAUUACUAAAGAACUAAUUGAAAUCAUAUCUGGAGCUAGUGCCGUCAAUUAAGUAAUCCAGUAGCUGAUAAAAAUUAGUGUAUAAUAUCUAACAUUAUUUUAAACAAGUGAUUUACUUGUUUACAAAACAGAUGUGAUAUCACGUUCCGAGGGUUUGCAGGUUUUCUUUCGUAGGUCAGGGUCUGUUUAGUUAAGGAGAUAAAAGCUUGUCAACUUAUUUUCUUGCGUUUAAUCUGUCCAGAUUCAACGGCUAGUCGCUAACUUUUGUUCCAUGAAUCUAUUAUAUGCAGGAGUGAAACUACUUUUAUUGUAAUAUCUAGACAGUGCGUGUACUCGAAAGAUCAGAUGUGAUUAUGUAACAGCAAAUAGUUUUCAUAAUAUUGGUCUCAAUUGUACCAUGUAAUGUGAAUUUUCAAUAACCGAGCAAUUUUUUAACUA